AUGAAGGUGUUGAUAGCAGCGUGCGGGGCCCUGCUGGUGCUGCGGGUCGGGGCGCAGCAGCAGGCACAGCAGGAACCCACCGUGACCCACAAGGUAAGCAUAUCUACGGCCGGAGCUUCGAGGACGAGAACUUCCCUCCUCUUCUUCUUCCUCCCUCAUGACCUCUCUGUUCCCCCCUUAGGCGUGAGUAUCUACGGCCGGAGCUUCGAGGACGAGAACUUCCAGCUGCAGCACUACGGCCCGGGGUGGCUAUCCAUGGCAAACUCCGGCCCCGACACCAAUGGCUCCCAGUUCUUCAUCACCACCGCUGUUACGUCCUGGCUCAACGGGAAGCAUGUGGUGUUCGGGAAGGUGCUCAAGGGCAUGAAUGUGGUGCGGAAGGUCGAGGGCACCGCCACAGGCCCCGGUAACAAGCCACUCAAUGACGUGGUAAUCACUGCCUCGCGGGGCAUCGAGCUGGGCCCUCAGGAGCGCUUCGCCACCCCCCUCGAGGCCACUCCUGACACCGUGUGAUUGGUGGUGGUAUCAGCGUUGCCAAAUUAUCGUAUUCUGAACAUUGUAUAUAUCAUUUUUAGCCUCCAAGAUUGUCGUAACCACACAAAUAACGAUGGAAAAUUAAAGUUAUCGUUAAAACGGUUGAAUACAGAUGGCUUUCGGUUUUUUUUUUGCUAGAGUUAUCGGUCAAAAACUACGAAAAUGUAAUGCGCUGUGUACGAUAUUUUGGCAAGGCUGGGUGGUGCUGGUGGUGGCGAGGUGCAGUGUGGGAGGUGCUGUGUCUCCUCCUUGCACCAAUAAAGAUAAACUGUUGA